GAACAAAAAAAAUGAUGGAAGUAAAGGAAGUGGGAAACCAGUUACUACAGAAACUGGCAGGCCAGUGAGCACACUAACCACCCCUGUGACAUCACCUGGGGAGAAAGAUGAUCCAUCACAUCAAAACAGCAAAAUUCCAGCUUUUGCUCGCUCACCAAAAGCUGAUUCGGUGAACAGCAGAGGCGAGCAAAGGCUGAAAUCCCCAAACCCAAAACGUACUCCUAUGCUGAGCCCCAAGGCGGACAUACACAGACACAUUGCAGUAAGUCCGAAACCACUACGGGUUGAACAAACAACGAUUGCUGGCAGCCCGAGAACAACUGAAAGGGGCAAAAUACAAGGACUGAAAACAGAAUCUGCAAGCCCGAAGCCUAAAUCACAUAUUGCACUGACGUCUGAACUCACAACUAAGACUACAAGCAAAAUAACAGUCAGCCUUAAAAUGCAACCAAACAAGAAAGAGGAUGGUGGAAAUGAAAUUAGCCAUGAGCCACCAAAGACACUACACCUUCCUGUAAGCCACAAAGUCCACAAUCAGAAAGGAGAUUCAAAUGUAGAGAGUCCAAAACUGGCAAAUCGAACCCCAACAAUCACAGCCAAAACUCAGAAAUCAGACAGAGCAAGUGCAAAGCCCAGCGAGCAAACCAGACAUAAAGCACUAACUCCAAGUUCUGAGAUGCCUCCUCUGGGACAAAAAUCACAAAAUCACAAGGUUGAAGUGGCACUGCUCAGUACCAAGACUCCACAAUCAAGCUCUCUCAGUCCGAAACCAUCCACACAGAGGAGAGCUGCUACCGCUGGGACAAGAAACCAUCACACAACAGGGUCAGAGGAGAAUCUUGAUAGUAAGGAUUCAAGUGCUGCUUCUGGAUCCAAAACAAGUUCAAAAUCAAAAGACAGUCUUGAUGCUAAAACUGGCUCUGAUUCCAAAACCAGUCCUAAUGCUAAAGGAGCAAUGGGGUCAAAAGAUAGUCUGGAUUCCAAAAGUGGUUCUGCUUCCAAAACCACUUUGGGAUCAAAAGACAGCUUAGAUUCUAAAACUGGCUCGAAUUCCAAAGCAAGCCCCGAUCCUAAAUCCGAGAAUGGAUCUAGAGAUAGCCUUUCUAAAGUUCCAGUCGGUGUCAAGGCAGGAUCAACCAGUCAAGUUUCAAAAAUAUGUGUUGGUUCUGGCAAAACAAGUCCAACAAGUUUGAAACCCAGCACUGAUUCUGGUGUACUUUCUUGUCCUAAACCCAGUCCAACCAGUGUAACCUCUAAACCUUCUCUUCUGGCCCCUGGUUCUAAGACUGACUCUGUUGGCUCCAUCUCCCCAUCAUCUUCAAGAACUGGUCUGUCUGGGUCCAAAGAAAAGAUUCUCAAAUCUUCGAGCUCCAGCACUAAACCCAGUCAAGUUCCAAAAGAUACAUUGAAUACUUCAAAGUCCAUACCAGUUCGGUCUAGUUCAAAUUCAGCUCUAGCAGAUUUGUCUUCCACCCUGACACUCUCUCCACGUCCAAGUUCAGCAAGUAGGAGCCCUGGAUCUGGUCCUGCUAGAAGUCUUGGUACAAGCCCGGCUCAACUACACAGGGCGGUCCAGAGGAGUCCUGGUUCUGCUCCAGCUUCAGCCCUGCUAACUCCUUUGGCUGCAUCCAGCCCCAAAACCAGAACCACUGUUUCCUUAACAAUGAGGGGUGCAUCCACACACGAGCCUGCAGCCGUUGGAUCUGUUCCCGUGGAAACAAAUGCCAACAGCACACCCAAUACGACCAGUCUAAGUCGUGGUCUAACUUUUGAUUCUAUCACCAAGAUUCCGGCGAAAACAGGCACUGUCGUUGAGGAUAAGGAAUUGAAACUGCCAGAAACUAAAGUGACAGUUGUAGGAGGACCAGUUGUAUCCCAGGGUGCAGUGCAAGCUGUAGAUGUUACUGCCAGUGUAGGGGCUUCACUGGUUACCACACUGAGAAAACCAAGCCACCUGGGAGUCUCAAAUGCCAUUACCACUGGUAAAGAUAUCCCAACGUCAAGGGCAACAGGUGUGGGGAGUAAGGUAGAAGAGAAGAAGAAGGGGAAACAAUCUCCCCUUUGUCCUACUCCUCAAAUUUCCACUCAUGGGAGAUCCAAGAGAGUAAAGGACAUCGCCACCAUGACUGACUCCAGUGAGAGGCUUGAUCUGCAGGCAGGGGAAAGAAAAGAGGUGGGCAUCCAAGUAGAGGUAGAUCUGUUUCCCAGCUACCCUCUGAUUGGCUCUCCCAGCUGUCAGUCAGGAAGUUUGACCUCGCCGACAGUCCCUUCACUGUGCUGCAUCCCUGCCGGUCAGCCGCCCUUUCAGCAUGUCUGCCAGAUUAAUAUUGAGCUAUGCAGCCAAACCGAGCUUCCUUCUGCUGUGACGGACAAGGCGAGUUCCCUCCCCGCCUGUCUGCGCACAUACAGCUUCCAGCAGAGCUCCCUCAUGUCACAGCUACAACCAGGACAAAACCAGGACAGAGACGUCAGUGCUGAGAGCAUCUGGGAGGACGAGGAGGACGAGGGUGCAAAAGGAGUCGACAAAGAGGCAUGGGAGCAAAAUAAAAGGAAUAAAAAUCAGAAGGAUGGGACCGGGAAGCCUCAGGAGGUGGCUCGGGACGAAGAGGGGAUGACCUGGGAGGUGUAUGGUGCCUCAUUGGAUCUGGAGUGUCUGGGCACGGCGAUCCAGUCCCACCUGGAGUCGAAGAUUCGUGAGCAGGAGAAACACAUCACGACUUUGAGGAAAUCCAUCUGCUCCACUAACAGCCUGAAAGGGUAUAGGUUGAAGAAGAGGCAGAAGAAGAAGAAAAGAAGAGGGAUUCUGGGAUGCUGCAGGAAAGCGCCCGCAGUGGCAGACUGAGAAUCAGCUCACACUAAUAUCAAACUUUAAAACACAACACUAUGAAGACAGGGCAUGUUUAACCGUUUACAGCACUCUCUUCUUCAUGAUGUUUGUUGAGGCCUUCAGUCUGAGAGGCCUGCAUGACUUCACCAGAGGUUAGGAAUCAAAAGUAAUAAUGUUUAAAAGAACUCUAUUUUAUUAAAAUGGAAUUAUCUGAAAUUAAAGAGCAAUACAAUCCCUCAUUGGGUUGAAAAUAAUGGAAAAUAUGAUUUUAUA